AUGGACCCAGCUGACCCCCCGGCAGCAGCCACAUCGGCAAGCCAGUCCGACGCACGCCCACCGCGCCAGAUUGCCUGCGUGCGCUGCCGCCGGCGCAAGAAGCGCUGUGACCGCGCCGUGCCUGUGUGCGGCGAGUGCAGCAAGACGGGCUCCGAAUGCGUCCAAGUCGGCGUUAAGACCCACGGGCCCAUGACCACCGUACCAACAGCCUAUCUGCAACAGCUAGAGUCGCAGAUCACGGCCAUGCAGCAAAGGAGCCGGGAUCCUGGCGUUGACGUUGAUGAUACUCAAAUUCAGCACGAAGAGAGUAGUUACCUGUCGCCUUUUGAGAAUAGCUGCGAAGACGACACCCGCUCGUCUGCUAAUAAUGGAGAGGCUACUCAUCUCCACCGAGAGGAUUACGAGAUGGGCAACGCUGCUCUAUCUCAAGCCAACUACCUCCCAACCAGGUCGCCGCCUGUAGGUGCUGACCUUGACGCAUCCACGAGUAUCACGUAUUCACCAACCCAGCCAGUGUGCGAACUACGCACAAUGACCUCGCAGCAUCGUCGUCAGAGCUCCCGGCCACUACUCCCGAGUAUUAGUGACACCCAAAUAACCCACGAGUUGAGUUCUAUUGGCGACGACUGGAUGGACCACUACGCUUACACCUACUUCCGCCACGCACAGCCUCAGUGGUCGUUCCUGGACGAAAAAACCUGGCGAAUGUCCUAUAGGGCCUGGACAACGGGGUCUAACAGGCUCGAAGAGGCACAAAUUUUCAUCCUCCAGCUUGUUCUGGCCAUUGGUGCGGUGCUCAGCAGCUCGUACCGGCAAGACUGUCCUCAUCUGAUUCACGCCUCACGAUUUUACGAGGCUGCCAUCCAGAGAUAUCUCGGCUCAAUACCCCAGCACCGGUCCCCCUUGAUGCGGACACAGGCAUCACUGCUGAUGCUGAUCUACUCCUGGCAUGAUUCAUCUCACAAUGUUGUGCCGAGCAUAAUCAUGCUGGUGCUACUGAAUUGUGAGAGUUUGAUUGACCAGAUCAUGGCCGAGGAUGCGGCCGGUGAAGGUACCUCGGCAAACCGCUUAAUCCGGAGGCAGUGUGUUAUGAGCUGCCAAAUUGUAAAUGAAGUGGUGUCUUCAGCAUGGUCUUACCCGCAGAGUUUCUUGUUUGAGACACUCGACAACAAGAUCUUCCAAUACACCUCCACCAUGAAGCCCGAGCUAAACGGCUCGGAUUUCCACGAGCGCCUCUUCCAGCUUCGAUACAUCCAAUCCAAGAUUCGACACACUGACAAGAAGCUGCAGCGGCUAGAUUUGUCAGACCCUUUCCGCAGCAGUUGCCGUCUUCGCCUCAAGCACGAACUGCAAGGUUGGAAGGCUAGUGUCCAGGCCUUUACAAGCUCGACUCCACCCGACAACGUCGUGUAUCACGAGCCGCAAUCAUUAUUUAAGCUCUACGAUUACGGCUUGUCAAUUCUCAUGCAGGAGAAUCUCUCCGUGAUGUGCGUCGAAGACGUUAGUCAGUUGAUCGAAUGUUGUAGUGAAGCAUGUCGCACCUUUCGGACGACGCAACAGACAAACCCACUUAUGUACUGGACCUGGACUGCACUUGCGUAUCAGUUCCGCCUGGGGAUAAUGCUGGUGUAUUGCUACUUUACCACGCCUCACACGCUACAAACUCCAGUAUUCUCGUUUGAGACCACCCUCGCCGGCAUCGAAAGCUGUCGUCAGACUCUGAUGGAUUUCUCGACGAGAUGGCCUAAAUCACUGGUGUAUUUACGCACAUUCCAGCUCUUGAUGGAGAAGAUAUUCGAGGGUUCAUGUGUCGAGACAGUCGCAGACUCAGCAGCGCUCGAAAGCCCUUCAGCGUUAACACAAUGCCCCACUUCAGGACCUAAUAGGGAGUGGGCUCAUACCAUGGAGGCUAUGAUCACAGAGCUCAAGCUCCAACAUAUCCACCAAGCGGUGGUGGCUCUCAUCCAGACCAUGACAGACAGGGCCUCGGCUGAGAACUUCAAUAGUGAGGCCAUGGAGUUUGCACCCAACCUCCCUCUGGGUAGCCUUGACUUCUUCAGCUUUUGUGUCCCUACAUGA